GCCCUCUACAGGGACGUCAUGCAGGAGAACUAUGAGACGGUGACCUCGCUGGGAUUCCUGCUUCCCAAACCUGAUCUGAUCACCCAGCUGGAACGAGGGGAAGAGCCGUGGGUGCCCGAUCUACAGGCCUGCGAGGAAAAAGAGAUCUCAAGAGGUGCCCGCACAGCAGGGGAAGUGGAACUAGAGUGGUCCUUUAUGAGAAGAGCUGAAGGGAAUUUUUCCCAUUGCUGUGAACAGGGAGAAGCCUGGGGAAAUUGGCAGAGUUCAGAGAAGCUUCUGGGAAACCAUGCAAGGGAGCAAAUGGAUGAAUCUGUUAUAUAUGGAGAAGGACACAGGAAUCCUACAGCCCAGCAGACAGCUCCCAAGGAAGACAAAUGCUAUCAAUGCCUUGGUUUUGGGAAAGGAUUCGUUCUGAGACCACAACUUGUUAUGCUUCAGGCAAUAAAUACUGGAGAGAAAUCACUUUGAUGCUUGGCCUGUGGGGAAAGCUUCAAUGACCACUCAGAUCUUUAUAACGAUGAGAGACGUCACACGGGAAAGAAACCCUAUCAAUGCCUUGAGGGCAGGAGCUGGUUGAAUUGGAAGUCAGCACUGACUACACAUCAGGCUACCCACACAGGAGAGAGACCCCAUAAGUGCUUAGACUGUGGGAAAAGUUUCAUACGGAGGUCACACCUUUUUAUACAUCAGAGAAUACACACUGGAGAGAG